AUGAGUCAUUCCGGUGCGGUGGAAAUUAGGGCGAAGCAAGAAGUUCAGCGCCCUAACUCGAUCAAUCCGGUGGUUCCGCCGGUGGACGAAUGGUGUCUGUGGUCUUCUGAGGUGGAUGCGACGAAUCGGAAGAAAAUGUCAGAUUUCCUACCUCAUGAUUUGUUCAUCGACGUCCUCACCAGACUACCGGUCAAAACCCUCAUCCGGUGCGCUUGUGUCUGCAAAUCAUGGUACUCUUUGGUCACAAACCCCAAUUUCAUCACCGCACACCACAAUCGAUCAUCCAUUGUGAACAACAACAACCUUGUACUACUUCGAAGCUGCUCUGAUGAUGAUGCCAAUGUAGUGCAUUACUCACUACUACGUUCUGAAAACGGAAUGUUCUCUAAUUAUGCAGAGCUUGGGCUUCCAUUGAAGAGCUACAGAAACCCUUCUCUGAGGAUAAUAGGUAUCUGCAAUGGGCUCGUAUGCCUUUCUGAUGACUUGCACGGUUAUGGGGUGAAACUUUAUCUAUGGAAUCCAUCGAUUCAGAAGACGAUAACGCUUCCUCCAUUACGUAUGAACUUUCAAUCACACGGCCCUUUUAAGCAUAGCAUUGGGUUUGGCUUUGAUGCCCGAACUGAUGACUACAAGGUUGUCAGGACUGUGUAUCUCUUCUGUCAACCCAAUAAUUGUGAACCUCCUCCAGAGAUAGACAUUUUCAGUCUGAGCACAGGCACAUGGCGGAACAUCAGCCAUUUGGGUCUUUCACAUAACAUCUGCGAGCGGGCUCCACAGGCUUAUCUGAACGGGACUGUACACUAG